GGAGGGGGGAGCGAUGUGGUUACGGACUGCUGUUCCUCGCUAAAUUAGCUGAACCGCAGCCUUUCAGGGACACCUCUUACGGAGCACCGGAGCCCUCGGCGCAACUAACAUGGCUGCAGAGCUCUCCACCUCCAUAAACAUCAAGGAGCCCCGCUGGGACCAGAGUACAUUUGUGGGCCGCGCUAAGCAUUUCUUCACCGUCACCGACCCGAGGAACGUCCUGCUCACCAACGAACAAUUAGCACAUGCGCACAAAAUCAUCACAGAGUACAGGCAAGGUAUAGUCUCCCCCGGGCUGACUGAAGAUGAGCUGUGGAGAGCCAAAUAUGUUUUUGACUCAGCAUUCCAUCCUGACACGGGAGAAAAGAUGAUCCUGAUUGGACGCAUGUCAGCGCAGGUUCCAAUGAACAUGACCAUCACUGGAUGCAUGAUGACCUUCUACAAGACGACUCCAGCUGUGUUGUUCUGGCAGUGGAUCAAUCAGUCGUUCAACGCGAUAGUCAAUUACACCAACAGGAGCGGCGACGCUCCCAUCACGGUCAGUCAGCUUGGCACGGCGUACGUGUCCGCCACCACAGGGGCGGUUGCCACCGCUCUCGGACUAAACGCACUAACCAAGCACGUCUCACCUCUGAUUGGACGCUUUGUUCCAUUUGCUGCUGUCGCUGCCGCCAACUGUAUCAACAUCCCUCUGAUGAGGCAAAGAGAACUCAAACACGGUAUUCCCAUAACAGACGAGAAUGACAACAGGAUAGGGGAGUCGACAAAAGCUGCCCAGCAGGCUAUCUCUCAGGUUGUGGUCUCAAGGAUCCUCAUGGCCUCUCCGGGAAUGGCCAUCCCACCCUUUUUAAUGAACCAUUUGGAAAAUAAGGCCUUUUUGAAGAGGUUCCCAUGGAUGAGUGCACCUAUUCAAGUCAGCCUGGUGGGAUUCUGCUUGGUGUUUGCCACUCCACUGUGCUGCGCGCUGUUCCCCCAGAAGAGCUCCAUAUCGGUUAGCCGCCUGGAACCUGAGCUGCAGGAGAAGAUCCGGGCCAGCCACCCAGGCCUGGAGAGGGUCUACUUCAACAAAGGGCUAUGAGGGCCCCGCCCAUCCCGGCCUCUUUAACGCCAGCCCUCCUCAUUCAGUGUGCCGCAGUUAAGGUUGCGUCUCGUCAUUUCACGCAGAUAUCGAAUAAUUCUGUGUUGCUUUUGUCAGUGUCAUUUUUAAUUUUUUUACUGCCACAAUGUGUUUGUUUUUUUAACAAUUUUAGCCACUAAAUAUUCAUAAUUGUACUAAAUCCACAUUACCUCAUUUUAGUAUAUUUAGUACAUAUUGUUGCCAAAUGAGCGUCACUGAAAAAGCUUCUCGACUACUCCAGGGACCCGUGCUUUUUUUUCAAAAUGGCGACGACCAUUAACGGACCAACUCGGUGCUAUUUGAUACCUUCAAGAUAUCAGUGUUCAUCAUUUGUAUUUAUUCUGCACCAGCAGCCACUCCUCGCAUCGUCCAAAAAUACUCACCACAUUUCCUCAAAUGGAGUAACAGGAAUCGUGUAUAUUUAUACAAUGAUUCAAAUCACAUAGAGUUGAACCUUGGUUAGCAUCCUCCACCUGUCACUGUUGCCGUGUCCGUCAGACUACCCAACGGUAGCUGUGACUACAGAUAUAGAUAACCACCACCACCAGUGUGUGAGACUAAGCAGUGAAACAUGAAAUCAAAUCCAUUAUUAUGAAAACUGAUUCGGUUAGCGUCCAUUUCCGUUACAAUAAUGACACUAACCAAGGUUCCACUGUAUAUUACAACAUUCAUUCAUUCGAGGGUCGCGGGGGGUGCUGGAGCCUAUCCCAGCUGUCUUCAGGCGAGAGGCGGGGUACUCCCUGGACUGGGGGCCAGCCAGCCAAUCACAGGGCACAUAUAGACAAACAACCAUUCACACUCACAUUCAUACCUAUGGACAAUUUGGAGUCGCUAAUUAACCUAGCAUGUUUUUGGAAUGUGGGAGGAAACCGGAGUACCCGGAGAAAACCCACGCAUGCACGGGGAGAACAUGCAAACUCCACACAGAGACUGCCGAGGGGCGGGAAAGACAAAAUAAGAAGCCAAAAAGUUACCACUUCCACACAAAAUAGGAGGAGAACUCAUUCAUUUUCUACUGCUUAUCAUCACGAGGGUCGUGGGCAGUGCUGGAGCCUAUCCCAGCCGUCUUCAGGAGAGGGUCGGGGUACACCCUGGACUGGUGGCCAGCCAGCCAAUCACAGGGCACAUAUAGACAAACAACCAUUCACACUCACAUUCAUACCUAUGGACAAUUUGGAGUCGCCAAUUAACCUAGCAUGUUUUUGGAAUGUGGGAGGAAACCGGAGAAAAAAACCCCACACAUGCACGGGGAGAACAUGCAAACUCCACACAGAGAUAGCCGAGGGUGGGAUUGAACCCUGGUCUCCUAGCUAUGAGGUUAGCACGCUAACCACUCGACCGCUAUGCCGCCCUGUUUCAUUCCAUUGUUGUUUUCCAAUCGCUAAUUAUUUUCCAAUCAGUACUGAAGCGUCUCCAGAAUGUGCUCUUCUUAGUCGUCAGCUUUACAGAUGCCAUGUCUUAACAAUAAAAGGUACACAAAAACACUGAGAAACUAAUGAUUCGUGGUUAGGUCGGUACUACUAUAAUUUUGUGUACCUUCUUGUAAAGCGUCAUUAAAACCAAGCGGUGUUGAAUUGGGGCGCGGGGACCACCAUUUGAGGAACUGCGGUGACAAAUUCUCAUAUUAAAUAAUCUACAUUCCUUGUAAAAAAGUGUCAUUUCAAAAUUGUAUGUUAUCCACAACAUCCUGUUAGGGUCAAAGUAGUUUUAGAUUAAGGAGAAUUAAUUUUUUAAAAGUAUUAUUAUCGACAUGAGUACUUGGUACACGUUAAGAUGAUUUUCUUGCACAUUAUGAUUCAGAAUCAUGUCAGAUUAUUGUAUUAAGAUCUAGCAGUGUUACACAGUUUUUGACAGAAAGCAGAAUAAUAAUACAUAGAUAGAUAGAUGACACCUACCUAGGCUGUGGCGGUCUUAUCAUACCACUGACUGUGGCGGUCCUAUAAUACACCUUCAUCCUGCAUAUGAAGAUCCUGAAUCCCGUUUAUGUUUCCUUGGCCUGUUCUAAAAUCAGGGAUGAGAGAAGAAAGGGAGGGGAGGGAUCCAAACUAGCCACCAAACUCACAAGCAAGUGUUAAUUUAUAAUUUCAUCCACUGAAGGCAAAUGUUUACAUGAAAUGUUAGUGAACGUGGAUUCCAUCGCUCACGGUGUGAUCACUGUAAAAAUGUUUUAAUAUAAUCAAAAAUCUAUUAUUGUUGUACCGUACAAGUGACUUUAUUUGGUGUUUCCGGAGAUGUUUGGUUGCUGUUCCCUAACUGGUAUUAAGUGACUUUUGUUCUCGUCAUCAAGGUGAACUGAAUGUAACAUUUUCCUGCUAUAGCCACAUCUUUUUGACCAGAAAAAGCACAAUGUUGGGACUCUGAAAUGAAAUGCUGCAAUUUUUUUUUUUUUUGGACCACGGUGGUCCCCCACCGGUGUUUUUUUCACAGAUCACCUUUUACCAACUGAGGGAGUAGCACAAUAAUACUAUUUUCAUAUUUACAUUACAUGUCUGUGUCCAUUAAGGCUUAAACUGUCCUUAAUAAAUAUUCAUAAAGCUUCACAGUGGAACCCUUAAAGUCAAACAAGUUGUUUGAAGACUCAAUACAAACAAACGCAACAAUCAAAGUAAAAUAAAGUAAAAUUACUCACCUACUUGACAUUUCAUGUCUGUGUCCAUUAAGGCUUAAACUGUCCUGAAUAAAUAUUCCCUUAAAGUCAAACAAGUUGUUCGAAGACUCAACACAAACAGACAAACGCAACAAUUAAAGUAAAAUAAAGUAAAACUACUCACCUACUUGACAUAUCAUGUCUGUGUCCAUUAAGGCCUAAACUGUACUUAAUAAAUAUUCCCUUAAAAGUCAAACAAGUUGUUCUAAGACUCAACACAAACAAACAAACACAACAAUCAAAGUAAAAUAAAGUAAAACUACUCACCUACUUGACAUUUCAUGUCUGUGUCCAUUAAGGCAAGGCCUAAACUGUUCUUAAUAAAUAUUCAUAAAGUUUCACAGUGGAACCCUUAAAGUCAAACAAGUUGUUCUAAGACUCAACACGAACAGACAAAACGCAACAAUUAAAGUAAAAUAAAGUAAAAUUACUCACCUACUUGACAUUUCAUGUCUGUGUCCAUUAAGGCUUAAACUGUCCUUAAUAAAUAUUCCCUUAAAGUCAAAGAAGUUGUUUGAAGACUCAACACGAACACACAAACGCAACAAUUAAAGUAAAAUAAAGUAAAACUACUCACCCUUUGAAGACAAACAGGAAGUUAUUUUCAGAGCACCGAGUGUCGUACAUUCGUCAUCACUCCUUCAUUCUAUCGUGGGUCUUCAUCAUUCAUAAAUGAUGGCUGUUUCGUGGUUGGCUGUGGCCUAUUAGUCCCCCCCCAAAAAACUACAGGAAUGUUAUUUCACAUCUAGAACAAUGGUAAAACCCAUAGAAAGUCAUAAACAGGUUUUUCCAUGUUCUAACUACGAAAACAUACCGUGUAAUUGUUGACAAAGAACACUUGCAGUAGCACUGAAACGUAUUCAAAAUUCAUAGUAAAUUGUAUUAACUUGCAGUAGUUUGCAAUAAACUAGAAUCUACUGUACGUUUGUACAUUUUGAAAAGAAAUGUCUAUGGUUAUCACUACAAUUUCUGUCAUAAUCACAUGGCAUCACAGCAAACCCACAGCAGUCAAAGAAAAAGCAAAGUCAAACCCUUUUUUUUGAUUCUGAUGGUUCGAGCCCCAAGUUUUGUCUGACUUGUGAGGUUCCACUGUACAGGAAGUGAUACAAAUCACAUGAUGUAUUUGUACAAAAAAAAAAAAAAAAAAGAUUUAGAUGAAAUGGCAUUUGGUUGUGCAGUAUUGAUGUGAUCUUGAUGAAAAUAAAAUGAACCGGAUGAACUGGAGUGCGCCACCUUCUGGUAAUGUUUUUGAUUUUAAUUCCAAGGCACAAUAUGUUUAGAAGAACAAUCAGAGCGUUGCCAAAGC